CUUCCCCCCCUCCCCGGCGGCGCUUCCGAGUCGGCUCCGGCUGAGGGAGGCGGCUGAGGCGGCCCUUCAUGGAAGAGAUGUCUGGAGAAACCGUGGUGAGUAGUACAACGGUGCCGGCAGCUGCAACUCGCACCACCUCCUUCAAAGGCGCCAGUCCGAGCUCUAAGUAUGUGAAGCUGAACAUUGGUGGGGCGCUUUACUACACCACCAUGCAGACGCUGACCAAGCAGGACACAAUGCUGAAGGCCAUGUUCAGCGGCCGGAUGGAGGUUCUAACCGACAGCGAAGGCUGGAUUUUGAUAGAUCGCUGUGGCAAGCAUUUUGGAACAAUAUUAAGCUACCUGCGCGACGGAGCCGUGCCGCUUCCUGAGAGUCGGCGGGAGAUUGAAGAGCUGUUGGCAGAGGCAAAGUAUUACCUGGUGCAGGGCCUGGUGGAUGAGUGCCAGGUGGCCCUACAGAACAAAGAUGUCUACGAGCCCUUUUGCAAAGUGCCCAUUAUCACGUCCUCCAAAGAAGAGCAAAAACUUAUUGCAACAUCUAACAAGCCAGCAGUCAAGUUGCUGUACAACAGAAGUAACAACAAGUACUCCUACACCAGUAAUUCUGAUGACAACAUGCUGAAGAACAUUGAGCUCUUUGACAAGCUGUCCCUGCGGUUCAACGGGCGAGUCCUCUUCAUCAAGGAUGUCAUUGGGGACGAGAUCUGCUGCUGGUCUUUCUAUGGGCAAGGGCGCAAGAUUGCAGAAGUUUGCUGCACUUCUAUCGUGUACGCCACAGAGAAGAAACAGACCAAGGUUGAGUUUCCAGAAGCCCGGAUUUAUGAGGAGACGUUGAACAUCCUGCUUUAUGAAGCCCAGGAUGGGCGAGGCCCGGACAACGCGCUGCUGGAGGCCACAGGAGGGGCAGCUGGCCGCUCGCACCACCUGGAGGAGGACGAGGAACGAGAACGCAUCGAGCGGUUCCGGAGGAUUCACGUCAAGCGCCCAGAUGACCGGGCCCACCUCCACCAGUGAGGCGGCCCGACCCAGCCCUGAUUGGGACAGUCUCCGUCCAGGCUCCUAACGCGUGUCCUGUGAGAGAGAGAUGUCGCCUGUAUUUUUCAAAUGAAUUAAGAGUAUUUGGGGGUAUCCGACAAGGCAGUUCUGUCGUUAACGUCCAGGAGGCUUCUGGCUUCACUGCAUUUGUGAGGACGAAGUCGACACUUUGGGGCUCGGUGUCUCCACUUUUCCAGCACUUUUUGCAAUCCAGCUUACGUCACCGCCAAGAUGACUUCUCCGUCUGGUGUUUAACCGCCCUGUUCUUCUAAGGCAGCCCUGCUGUCGCUUGCCCAGCAAUCCAGUACUCGGGGAGGGGGCAGCUCUGCUAGCUGACGUUGGCCACCCUCUCCUCUGAAGAGGGUUCAUGUAAGAAAUGAGCCGCAUCUUAACGUGAUGAAAUUUGCAGCAAAAUCAGGUUUCUUUGCUUGGCGUGAGAGCCGUGCUGCCCUUUUCUGGGAGUCCUGUCCAGUCUGGUUUUUCUCCGUUGGAUUUCUUCUGAUAGGAGGCUAGGAGUGGGGAGGUGUUUGAGCAGGAAGAGUCAAUGGGCUUAGCCACGCUGGCUGAUGAAACCAUAGUGACCCACAAUAGCAUGACAGCUCUGCCCAUCUCUUGGCUUUCCUUGCUUCUGGUCUAUUUCCCAGUUUAGGGAAAUCCCUGUGGGUUGCCCACCAUGUUGCCUUAAGCCUCCCCCCCGCCCACUGUUAGCCAAAUCACUUCUGCCAUGAGCUUGUGUUUCUCUCCUGUCCAUUUGAGGGAAUGUGGUUUCUUAUUUUAGGCAAACUUAACCAUUACCCAUUUUUUUACAGAGUUGCAGUCAGACAAGCCCUGUUGAGUGCAGCAGCAGCAGUCCAUGUCACCCUGGAGCGAUUUAAUUUAGGUGCCGCUACUGGCCUUUGUGCAAAAGACUCACCUUCACGGUCCCUAGCUGAUGGGGAAUCCUCAUUUCCUCUCUUGCAGCUGAAGCCCUUGGGAGAGCCAGUUGGCAGGAGGGUGCCUGUUCUGCCUCUGAGUGCCUGCUGCCUGGAGCCUGAGCCCCCCUUUCCUCGUUCACACAGGCACUACCUGCUUAGCAGCAGUGAGAGAAUAUAUUUGGGACUAGGCAGAAUGUGAAGGGGGCUUGGGGGGAGGAGAUAAUAUUUGGGGGGGGGCAUUGCUUAAUCUACCUCUGCCAAGUGUCUUCUCUACUGUGACUCCGAGUAGAGGAAACCUUGUGGGUUGUUCAGGAUAUAGCGAACAGAAAACCCAAAGAGUUAAGAUGCAGUUACUCAAAAGGGUGGGGGGGGGGAGUUUCCACUCUGAAGUGCGGGAUGCCCAGCAUACCACACGGCAACUUUGGCCAGUCCCUUUCCCAUGGCAGUCAUCUGUCCUCUGGUUUGCUCAGCCCCAGACUUUAGAAGAAAACUUUUCUCUUGCCCCGUUGUUAUUAUACCUGUUACAUGUACACCUUGAACGGUUGAAACCCUCAUGGGCAAACAGAACGACAGAAGUGUCGGUGUGACAUUUGCAGGGGCUGGGUUCUCAACGUGUGCCUGAGUCUGACGGGGGCAGCGUUUACCUGCUGUGGUGUCCUCUUCCUUCUGGCUUGGCUCUUCACAGACAGCUGGCACUGGGGAGCCGGGAGAGAGCUUCAGGCAGCCGCCUCUGCCUUGUUCCUCCUUUCUCAAACACCUGCUGCCUUUCUCAGGCCAGGCAGCUCCACAGACUUUGCCUCUUUCUUGGUGUGGUAUAAGCUUAUUAGAGUAUGUAGAAUUCUUCUUAUGUCAUGAUGGGUUCGUGCAAGAAGAAAGGGGGGCAGAUACGAGGGGAGAGAAGAAGAGGACACUUUCGGGGGGGGGGGGGAGGAAAGCAACAGCCAAGGUGGUUCUUGGGUGGGGGGAUGAAAAGCCCUAGAUGAGGGGACGCUGCAGCACCUUCCUUUUGCUCAUCAAAGGAGUCUUAUAUGCAGGAGAAACCAGAAGCUGCCCGGCACGAGCCUGCCAGCGUUCAGGAUCCCCUAGCCCUCUUUAGAGGACAGGCUAGGAUUUCCGGCUUGGGGAUGCUCAGAGCUGGCCAGGGGCUUAUCUCCCCCUCCCAGUUCUGUCAGCUUAUUCAGUGAACAGAGCAUUAAUAGUUGCCCACUUUCUUGGCUGAGCUGUUUGUAUUGCCACUCACGGAGAUGUGCAAAGGGAAAGCGGCUUCAGGUUUUGGGGGCCAGAGGAGGGCCGUUGCCUUCCUGGCUCUAUUCCGCUCUACGUGUGCCUCACGGGAAAGGGAGCAGGGCUCGGGUUUACAAGGGUUGAGAAUGUGCCUCGAGAAAGUUCCGCUUCUUGCCACGGAGGUCAGUAGCCACACAGAGGGGGUUGUGAAGAAUGUCAGACCAGCCUCAAAAAGAUCGAUUGGGGAAAAGGGGGGGGGCACAGUGUGCAAGUAGGCACCAAGCUAGUCUGGGUUCUCUCUCCUCUUGCUUACCCAGAAAGGAAAAGGGGAGGCAUCUAUUGUGGCUUUUGGUAUCAAUAAAUGAAGGUAUGAGGCAGGAUGCUUAAUUCUGUUGGUGAAAAGGUUUUUUUAAAAAGAGGAAACCUGGCAUUGCCUGCACAAAGACCGAUCUUUUGGUGCCCACCCUAAGAGGUUUGCGAAAUGGCAGGUACACCAGGUAGCCCUUGGGCUGCAGUGGCCGAGGAAAGCUAGAGCCAUGACAGGAGACCCUUCUUUGCUCCUUUUGCCUCUGGCUAUUGAUGGGCAGCUAGAACAAAGAGGGCAGGGGGAGCUCGUCAGGACCAUAACAUUAAUUUUGUGCUUUCGGUGCAUUCCUAGUGCUGGUUUCAGCGUACUAUAGAAGUGGCGAGUGGGGGAAGGGGCGUUUGUGCAUUUCUUCAGUGGCCUCCUAAGAUUAAGUAAACAGCAUGUGCAGAACCCAUUCCUGCACGUGCGUUGACAGGAGAACCUGCCACCAGAAACCGAGGGCAGCUCUGUCACUCCCCUCCCCAGUAUGGGAAUGGGGGAAGCACAUUGUCUGCCGUUAAUCCCCCUACGUGCUUCAGGUCACAAGCCACAGAGUGCAUCAUUCCAGCUGCACACAGUUCUCAUGAGAGCGAUUCUCAACUUCUGCCCCUUCCCUGAGCAGAGAAAAAAAAAAGAUGGCUUAUUAUUAUGUCUCUGUGUGUGUGUGUGGUUAUGUGUUUUACACUGAUCUGGAAAGAUGCAAAAUAAAUUAAACUUUUCCUAUUUAAA